GUUGCUCAGACAGCUUCGGGUCAGUGCUGGUCCUUCUCCUCUUCUGAUCAGCAGCAGCGGAAUCAGCUUCGCCUCCUUCACUGCUGCUCUGCUGUAGCUGCUGCUGCUGCUGCUUGUAUGCCGCGGGCCAAGCUUCUCCUUCCUCUCCCGCCUCUCCUCUCUGGCUUUCCUUUUUCGUUCCCUCUCGUCAAUUUGCGAGGCGUGCGGUGUUGUUCAGUGGGGCGUGGCAACGCUUGGACGAGCGACGGAGUGGUAGUAGGAACAGGAACAGGAGGAGGAGGAGGAGGAGGAGCCAUGAAUGGGCAUGUGAUUAGCGGGGGUGGAGCGGCGGUGGUGCCGCGAGCGCCAGCCGGGAAGGUGGACAAGGGCGCCGACUUCGCCAAUUACUUCUGUACCUACGCGUUCUUGUACCACCAGAAGGAGAUGCUGUCCGAUCGAGUGCGCAUGGACGCUUACUACGACUCCAUUUUCAAGAAUGCGCGGCAUUUCAAGGGGAAGACUGUCUUGGACGUUGGUACUGGUAGCGGCAUCUUAGCAAUCUGGUCAGCUCAAGCUGGUGCUCGGAAAGUGUAUGCUGUUGAAGCCACGGACAUGGCUACGCAUGCCAGAGCUCUGGUGGCUGGAAAUGGAAUGGAGAAUAUCGUAGAAGUAAUUGAAGGAUCUGUCGAGGAUAUCACUCUACCUGAACAAGUCGACAUCAUAAUUUCGGAGUGGAUGGGCUAUUUUCUUGUGCGGGAGUCUAUGUUUGACUCUGUUAUCUACGCCAGGGACAAGUGGCUGAAGCCCACGGGCAUGAUGUACCCCAGCCAUGCUCGUAUGUGGCUUGCACCCAUGCAAACGUCCUUGGGAGAGCGCAAGAUUCAGGAAUACCAGCAUGCUAUGAAUGAUUGGUCUCGUUUUACUCAAGAAACGUCUGAUCAGUAUGGAGUUGACAUGCGCGUCCUGAAUGACCCUUAUCGGGAAGAGCAACGGAAAUACUUUCUUCAGACUUCAGUGUGGAAUAGCCUGCACCCGAAUCAAGUUAUCGGCGCACCUGCACUAGUUAAGGAGUUUGACUGCCUAACAGCAACACUUGAUGAAACAGCGAGUGUGCGAUCUCAAUUUAGAAUUCCAAUCGAUUCUGGUAAUGCAAAGAUUGCUGGAUUUGCUGGGUGGUUUGAUGUUCACUUCAGGGGUUGUCCAAGUGAUCCUGCUGACAAUGAAGUCGAGCUGACGACUGCUCCUAGCGUUGAUGAUACCACUCACUGGGGCCAGCAGGUAUUUCUAUUACAUCCUCCCAUCAGUACAAGAAAUGGUGAUAUAUUGGUGGGUGAACUGGAAAUUACACGUUCUAAACAGAACCAUAGACUGAUGGAUGUCAAGAUUGCUCAUGCCUUGGAACGACGGGGUAGUCCUCCUGCUCAGCCAACUAUCUCCAAUUUCUUCAUUGAGUAAAUGAAUAGUAUUUCUGAAUUAGGAUACAUUUUUCUGAAGUUGGAAUCAGGAGAACUUAAGUACUUACGAUUUCUUUUGCUACAUUUUACUAUGAACUGGCGGGAUUCUAACGACCGUAAUAUUGAGCCGAGUCCAAGGAGUGAAAUCUUAGAGAUUCUGUUUACUUCUUUUUUUCACACUAACGUAACUAGAACGGCAGUUUCAUGGAGAAACAUGAAAACCCUAAAACCUGUUUGUGGUUAAACAAAAAGAGGAUUGGAGUUUGUUAUCCUAGUCAACGACAAAUCAAACAGUGUUUUAAUGCUGAACAGCGAGCAGGUGAAACAAAGAGAACCAGUUGAGUGCUCGGUGUUCUCA